AUUAAUACUGUAUCAUGUGGCACUCAAUAUUAAAAUUAAUUAAAGUAUAAUUUAUCGCAACCGGGAUAGUCGGCGCUCAGUUUCGCCGGGUGUGGGAGGUGAGAAGCUUGCUCAUGACCUUCAACAAAAAACGCCGUUAGAGUCCUCCUUCCGGCGUUGGGUAAGACUGCAGGUCAGUGGAAGCUUUCUCACUUCUCUUCACGAUUUCUAUAUAUCGUUGCAUAAAAACAUACCGCUUCGAUGGCGAACCCUAGGCUUCGCUCCUUGUUAUGGUGGAGAAAGUGGGCCAAGAAAGAUUGGGCGAUUGCAGCCGUCGGAUUCACCAUUUUCAUCUCCGCUCUUAAUUUUCUUUUCGAUUCACGAACCAACGAUCUCGAUAUCAGCACUGCCGAAGAUCUCGUUGACUUAACCUUACUGCAAAAUGCCAAAGAUAGAGGCGCUUUUUGCUUAGAUGGGAGUUCGCCUGGUUACCAUUUCCAGGAGGGAUUUGGAUCUGGUUCUAGAAAUUGGCUAUUGCACAUUGAGGGUGGAGGGUGGUGCAAUACCAUAGAGUCAUGUUUGCAUCGAAAAACGACACCGUUAGGAUCCUCCAAGUACAUGCAACGCCAGAUUCCUUUUGCCGGAUUAAUGAGCCGGAACCCAUCUCAGAAUCCUGAUUUCUUCAACUGGAACAAAGUCUAUAUACGUUACUGUGAUGGUGCAUCUUUUGCUGGCCAUACUGAAAGUGAGUUGAAGAAUGUCACAAAUCUUUACUUCAGUGGCCAGCUCAUUUGGGAAUCUGUUAUGGAUGAACUUUUAUCAAUAGGGUUGUCCAAUGCCAAUCAGGCUCUUCUGUCAGGAUGCUCUGCUGGAGGAUUGGCAACUCUUAUUCAUUGUGAUAACUUUCGAGAUCUUAUGCCUAAGGAUGCUACUGUAAAAUGCCUUGCUGAUGCAGGAUUUUUCCUUGAUGAGAAAGAUAUUCUUGGAAACUACACCAUGAGAUCUUUCUACCAUGAUGUUGUCCACCUUCAGGGUGUUUCUAAAAGUUUGCCCAAGGACUGUACUUCAAGAAUGGACUCAUCCAAGUGUCUUUUUCCUCAAGAAAUUAUUAAAGGCAUAAGAACGCCACUAUUCCUAGUCAACCCAGCUUAUGAUUAUUGGCAGAUACAACACAUCUUGGUACCAGAUGGAUCAGAUGCUCACGGCCAUUGGCAAAAGUGCAGAAUGAACCUUCAGUAUUGUAAUCCUAGUCAGAUUGAGAAAUUACAAGAUUUCCGUAGUUCUCUGCUGAAUGCACUGAGUGAUUUCCAGCAAAACAAGGAAGGGGGGAUGUUCAUAAAUUCUUGCUUUAUUCAUUGCCAAACAUGGAUGGCUAACACAUGGCAUUCACCUACUUCUCCGAAAAUCAACAAUAAGACCAUUGCAGAGGCCGUAGGUGACUGGUACUUCAACCGUAGAGUGGUGAACGAAGUUGACUGCCCUUAUCCGUGCAACCCCACUUGCUAUAACAUGGAAUUUGCUUGAUUUCGGCAAUAGCUCUGCACUUCCGAAGCAUCUUUGGGUUACUCUUUGUUCUAAAGUCUGACCGUCACUCUUUGAAAUUGUAACUUUCUAUGUCCAAGGCUUGAUCCCAGAUGCUGGUAAGGAAGUUGAGGUUCGCAGAAACACUGCAUAUGGUUAAUUGAAUAGUAUUAGUUGGGGAGAAGACAUUUCUUACAUUGCUGCUUUGGGUUGGUUCAUGCUGCCUAGGUGUUGUCGUGGGAUUGAAGCUGAUGGCUUAAUAUACUUUAAUGUAUUCUUGUAUAAUAUUAGUUCACUAGGCCUAGACAUUAAAUUUCGAUGUCUCCUGAAAUCACUGAACCUUGAUUUCUCGUUUACCUAAAACCUGUUGUACCAAAGCCAGGCCAAAUUCAGACAAAAAAAAAAUGAUAGUGGCAAUAAUAUUGGACAUUUUUAUCCA